AUGACUGCGUUUAACGUCAAAGAUCUGGCUGCGCGCGCUGCCCAGCGCCUCGCGGAACACCGCCAAAAGACCGAGGCCCGUGGCAGCACUUUCAGUACGGAGCCACUGCCCAUGGACCGUGUCUCGAGUCUGGACACCAAUUCAAUGAGAACCAUGUCACAUAGUGAAGACGAACACCGCCACAAGUCGAAGAUGAGUCGGCUUGUGCAGAAGGUUCGAGGGCGGUUCUCGAAGCGUCUUGCGAAGAGGGAGGUAAUCGACGAACCCUGCGCAUGCUGCUUGGAUAUCAUGCCUGCGGAAUGCCUGAUCAGCAUGCCGUGUCAGCACAAGUACUGCAGCAGAUGCUUGAAGAAGUUGGUGUUCACAGUUAUGCCGGAGGAAGGACUGUUCCCACCCAGAUGCUGCAAGCAGAAGAUCCCAACGGAGGUCAUCCUCCCCGUGCUGACACCGAAGGAGAGGACGGUAUAUUUCGCCAAGGUGCAGGAGUAUGCGACCCCAGCCAGAGAACGCUGGUACUGUCCUGCGCCGACGUGCGGCCGGUUCAUCCCACCGAAGCAUCUGAACAGCAAGCUCUCGUCUCAAAGCUGCCCAUACUGCAGCACGACGUUCUGCUCUGGCUGCAGAUGCCCGGAGUACAAUAAUAGUACCUCGACUGGGAAGAAAGAUCCGGGCUUUAUGGCCGUCUUCGAAGAUCCGCGACUCGGUAAAGCACAGAGGGGUCUCAAAUGUGGCUCUUUGGUGGACCUCUUGUUCAAUUGUGAUCACGUUACGUGUCGGUGCAAGGCACAAGUUUGUAACCUCUGUCGCAAUCCAUGGCUAUCGUGCACUUGCGCCAAACCAGGUCAACGGCCCAUCGACUUCCUCACCUUUAUCAUCGGCCACAGCGGCGUGAAUAAAGACCAGGAGGCCGAACUCGCCGCAGUGGUGGCUGCCAUCCUAUGCAACGAAAGGUUGCGGGAUGAAGAAUUGGCAAAGACCCAAAGCGGCAUGAAGGAAAAGGCGGGAAGCGCUAACAGAAGUCGGGCAAGUCUGCUGAUACCGCAGCAGGCGACUCGGGCUAGGAGGGUUUCCUAG